AUGCUUCUCACAGAAGUAAUCACCACUGAACCAUGCCAGUUUAAAGCGAGGACCAAAGAAAGAGGGUCAGCUUGGACAGAAAUUGCGGAGCGUUUAGCUAGUUGUGGAUUAAAGGUGACAAAAAGAUCAGUACGAGAAAAAUUUGACAAAUUGAUGAAAGAUUUCCUAAAGAAGGAAAGCGAAGAGAAAAAACAAAGUGGAGUAUAAGGUCUAGAUCAGACCAGAUCAGAUUAGAUCAGUCCUUAAAGGACAUAAAGGAAAGAACGGCAGAAUUUGAAGAACUGAGAGAAGGCGAGGAACAAAAGCAGAAAAAAGAGAAAGCUGCCGCGGAAGAAAUGAUAAGGCAAGCGACUGAAAAGUUGUCUGAGACCAAAAAGAGAAAAGCCAGCUUAGAAUACCCCAAUGUAGACGACAAAAGUCCACUAGGUAAAAGAAAGAAGAGCACAAGCAUGGUUGAUGUUGUCAAGGAGAUCGUCGAGUUAAAAAACUGGCAACAAGAACGUUAUGAAAGAAUAAAUAAGAGGGAGUUGGAUCUCAGAGCUUCAGAGAUGCAACAACAACAAUUGUUCGAACAAAGUCUUUUGCAGCAACAGCACCAAUUCCUACAACAACAACAGGCAUUGAACGUGUCUAUGAUGUCUGCUCUUACCGAGUUACUAAAGGUAAGAGGUAAAGGUUAUUAA